ACGGUGGCGGUAAUGAACCAAUUUCAUUGCCUGCCAACAGCCAACAACCGUCAAAGAAGAAGAUGAUGACGUCAACAUCGCUGCAUAUCCAGUACUGAAGACUGUGAUUUCUGUUUUCACAGGUCACCGGUUUAUGAGCUUUGUGUGUGUGGUUUGGCGAACUGAAGAGUCCAACACCCGGUUGGACAACUGUUUAACCUGCUACUGGAUGGAGAACUACAGGGAUGAAGACUCUUCUACAGUCAAUGUCAACAAUGCCAAACAUCCUCUUAAAUCUCGAAGAGUUUUAUCAGCAACAGUCCAGCACCCUUUUCUGUUGUUGGUGUGUUUGGGGAUGUUAACUGUCGUGCUGGCUGCAAAAGUCGCUUACAUGGCUAUAAUGAUGUCCAAGCAGCAUGAAAAUAUCAACACCCUUACAACAGAAAAACGUCAACUGGUUGAUGAACAAAUGGCCAUGAAUAACCAGAUCAAGAUCCUGGCAGAAGAGAAACAGUCGAUCUGGAUGAGAGAACAAAUUGACAAAGAAAACGAGGAACUGAUCAAAGAUUUAAAGCAGCUGGAAAAAGAGUUAGAGGAAAUGGAACGAGAGAAAGAGAGACUGAAAAAAGACAUAGAUGUGAUGAGAAAAGACAAAGAGGAGCUGAGACGAGAGAGAGAUGAACUGAACCGAGAGAAAGAGGAGCGGAGGCGAGAUAGAGAGGAGCUGAACCGAGAGAAAGAGGAGCUGAGGCGAGACAGAGAGGAGCUGAACCGAGAGAAAGAGGAGCUGAAUCAAAAGAUAAUGAAGUAUAACAAAGACCGAGAGCAACUGACACUGGAGAAAGAGGAGGUGAGGCAGAAGACAGAGAAGCUAAACAAAGAGAAACAGGAGCUGAUCAAAGAGAAACAGAAAUUUAAUGAAGAAAUGGAGAAGUUGGAGAAGGACAAAGAGGAGCUGAGAAAAGAGCAAUUGGAGUUGAAAAAACAGCAAGAGGAGCUGAGAAAAGAAAUAGAGGCCUUGGAAAGAGAGCGAGAGGAGUUGUAUACAUCAAAGGAGAUGAGAAAUAUGAUAGAGGAGCUGAGAAAAAAGGAAAAUGAACUGAGAAAACUAAAAGAUGAGUUGAACAAAGAAAUAGACGAGCUUAUCAAUCAACAAGAUCAACUCAGAAGAGAGAAACAGGAGCUGAGCGAAGAGACAAAUGAGCUGAACAAAGCGACAGAUGAGCUGAGAACACAGACAGCAGAGCUGGACAAGCAGGUAGAGCUGAUGAACAAAGAGGAAGAGGAGCUGAGAGAAGCAAGAGAAAAGUUGAAAACAAUGGCAGAGAAGCUGAGGAGAAUGGAAGCUGAGCUGAGGAAAGAGGAAGAGGAGCUGAACAAAAGGGAAGCUGAGCUGAGGAAAGAGAAAGAGGAGCUGAGGGAAAGGGAAAAGGAGCUCAGAAAAACGAAAGAUGAGCUGACUAAAGAGAAAGAAGAGCUCAACAAAAAAAAGGAGGAGCUGGCCAAAGAGAGCGAAGAGAGGGACAAAGAGAAAGCGGCCCUGAUCAAAGUGGAACGGGAGCUGGAGAGGAAAAGAGAGGAGAUGAAGGAAAAAAGAGCGAAGCUGGACAGAGACAAAAUAGAGAGGGAUAAAGAGAAAGAGAAUCUGGUCUUAGCGAAACAUGAGGCAUUGAAUCGAUGCAGGGAGAUUGAUAUCCUAAAACAUCUCUACACUUUCAUCCUAAAGCAUAACAGUUUUCCAGUUGAAGAUUUCUGUCCUCUAUAUAUGAGACCAAAAUGUCGGGAUUGCCAGAUGGGAUGGCUUUACUUCAGAGAGCACUGCUACUUGUUUUAUGAAAUGAGUUUAUUUGGGUUUAACUGGUACGAUAGUCGACGGUACUGCCAGGAUAAUGCUGCAGACUUGGUGAUAAUUAAUGAUCUGGAAGAGCAGGAAUUUAUCGACCUUCUAGCCUCAUAUUACCAACCUUGGCAUGGAUACUGGAUAGGGUUACAACUUAAAGGAGGCAGAUGGCGCUGGGUUAAUGGACAACCGCUCACCACUAACUUCUUUACAAAGGAACAUACCUAUAUUUUGGGAGGAGCAAUGCAUUUGCCAGGAAAAAAACUUGAAGAGAGCUGGGUAGCAGCAGCUGAAGAGAUGCACAACAGAUUCAUCUGUGAGACUGAGAAGGUUAAUUGGCUUUCCUGAUUAACACCGUUCUAAAGUUUCAAUGAGGAAUACUCAACCGUUUCUUCAGUUUUUGGUAAAUCUCAUAAAUAAAAACAAUCUCAUCUGUU